UCAAUUUGAACGUUUCCAUGUUCGCUUACAUCAAACUUGUUUCUCCGGAUAACAAAUUUGAUACCGUUGAGACGUCACGUAUUCUGAAAUUCCGUGCGCCAAUCGAUAAAAAUAAACAUUAUAAGGUUGAUUAUGGGGAUACCGUCAAAAAAGCUCUCAUUCUUUAUGUUGAACAGACUUUAGAAGCACUGGAAAAUAGAAUAUCUACAGAAAGGUCAAAAAUUCCACCAGCAUAUCUACAAUAUUCAGGUACCGAAGAAAGUGAUUUUGACACCACCAAACGUAAAGAAAAAAAUAGUGAAGUGAAAAAUUUCAAAACUAUCCUCGAUAAAAAACUUCUCUUAAAAAGUCAAGAAUUAUUGGCUAUGGAUUCGCAAACUAAUAGCAUCAAUACCAAAGAAAAUGAUGUUAAUACAGCCAAUAAAUUUUUGGAAGAAAAUCAAGAAACACUAUCUAAUGAAAAUCCAGAUGAAGGCGAUUCUAAAGAUAAUGAGAAAUCACAGAAAGUUACAACCAUUGAAGAGCUUUCAAAAAUCAGUAACGACAUAUUGGAUGACCAUAAACAACAGGUUGACAAAAAGUCAAAAGUGUCUAAGAAAAUUAAAAUUUUGCAAAAUUCACCGUUGAGCAGUCAAUUUAAGCUCGCCAUGAUAGCAAAUGCAAAACAGCUAGACAGCGACAAAAUUACAGGAAUAUCUGUACCUCAGGAUGAUGAGCUAUCAACACAUCAAAAAGUAAGAAGUCUCGAGUCUUCCAAUUCUUUUCAAAAUAAUGAUUCUAGCUUGAAUAUUGAAACCGCGGAUUCCCAAAACAUUGGUAAAAAAAGAAAAAAAUCUGGAAAAAAAAAAGAUGCCAAGAAUAAAAAACGUAAAAAUAACUCUCUUUUGAGUAUGGAGCAAAAUGAAGAGAGCAUUAAUCUUAAAGCUGUUGGUGCCAUUGAACACAAUUCUGAUAAAGGAAUGGCUGAAUUUCCCUUUGGUGAAAACCAAAAAUUUGUCCAUGAAUCACAAAAUGAUGGUGCUAACAGUUCAGAAAUUGUAAAACCGACUCGCACAAAAAAUAAAACGAAAAACUUAAACAAAUUGAAUCCAAGUCCGGAUAACAUUUCGAACAUAGAGAAGGAAUUAAUUCAAAUCAAUGGCAGUAUUUCCGUCUUACAAAAACAGCUGUCAGAUUUACAAACAUUUGUGGUAGAAAAACUAACAGCUAACGACGAGAACUGGAAGCAGUUAAAAAAUACACCGUCAAAAUCAAAUGAUGACAAUGCCAUUGAUUUAAAUGAUAUUAACCGGCCCCCUGACAUUGGAUAUGUUCGACUUGACACCGGAAUGAUACACUUAGGUCAAGGUGUGUGGUUACCGAAGGUUACUUAUGAUAAUGCGGUGUAUAACGCAAGCACAAACGCUAUGUUUGUUAAAAAUAUAGCUGUGGCAGUUUUUGGGGACAAAUACCUAAAAGAACAUAGUGUCAAAGGAAAGACUUGUAACAAAACUAAAAGCACUCCAAGACCUGCUAUCGAUUCCACCAAGGCAAUAGCUAUUCAUGAAAUAUUCAAAUAUUAUUUGAAACAAAACAAAAAUAUGGAUGGUCAAAAACUACUGGACGAGGCUUCGUUAUUUGAAGAACAUAUACGAAGCAAAAUAUCUGAUUUACUUCGACCACCUAGACAAACUAAAAAAAAAGGAGCUAACAUCGUUCAUACUCAAGUUAAGCCGACAGAAACAAAUACUACUAAAGCUCAAAAUUCAGAUGAUGAUGAUACUUCAUCUGACAGUUCCUCAACCGAUUCCAGUGGCGAUUCCUCUGAUGAUGUAGCGAAGCAAAUUGAUUAAUUAAGUUUUUUGAUCGAAAUUAUUUGCUUCUUACUUUAUUAUUAUUAUCUUUAUUAUUGUUAGAUAUUAAAAAAAAAAUACUCUUAAGUAAAAGUUGAGUUUGAAUUUUAUGAUAAAAAU